GCAGUAUGCAAAUUAGACACCAUACGUCAUAUCCUGAACUUGAGCGCCAUUUUUUUUCUCUUUAGUGGAAGAAAGGGACAAAAGCUGGAGCCGAAAUAACUAGCAUAAAGACUAGGUUUGCAUUUUUAGUGUUUAUUCUUCAUAAGUUUAUGUGUGCUGCCGUGCGCUCAGUGGCGUGGGAGCGUUUUAAUGAGUGUGUGUGAGCUCCACCGGCAGUAGGCGCAGCCAUCGACGCACACACACAGGGAAACGGUAAGCAGUCACAUCGGCGGAGGAGACAGCGGCCACUAUCAACUAUACUGCUGGAUUUGGACGAGCUCAUUCCCCACUCUUUCUGGAGGAAACAUGUAUCAACUCCCAGUUACAAGUGUGGACAAAAUUCGGAAGGCACGGAGAUCUGUUAAAAAGGUUCUUGGUGAUAUUGGCCUUGCGGACUGUCAGGAAUAUCUCAAGAAUCUUAAUGAAAACUCAGAGAAAAAUUCAGAUGAAGAAGAGGCAUUUGAAGACACAGAGUGGGUUGAUCUCACAGAAGGAUUCAAUGGAAGAAUGGAAAAGCGGUGGCCUUACCGUUCUCGGAAUCUGUGUUGUGCCAUGUGCAAGUACUCUACACAAAAUCUCUACAACUUCAGGAGCCAUGUCUCAAGAUGUCAUUCCUUUAUGCAGUCCCUUUGUUCUCUGGCCGUUUGCAAUCACUGCACCUUCACUGGCCACCCCAAGGUCCUCCGAAAACAUGCAUACCUCUUUCAUGGUCAAACUCUAAAAGACUCACCACAAACAGUGGAAAGUGCUGUCACUCACCGUGCAAAUGAGAGGUAUAACUGUCAGAGAUGCGGAUUCCCAACCUCUUUAAUAUUUACACUGAAGAAGCAUAUUAUUCUGAAGCAUCUUGGGAAAAUGGCUGAGAAAUAUAUAGGAUACAGAUAUAUAAACCAGGGAGGGAAAACUUUAAAGAUAUACUGCUGCAAAGUGUGUAAAGGAAACACUGGCACCUUGGACCAAAUGCUACAUCACAUGUUAGUUUCACCAACACACUAUAAUGUUAGCACACAAGUGCAAUCUUAUAUUUAUGAGAACAAGAACUAUGCCCCCAAACCAACAGUCAAUGGGAAUGGAGGAAUAUUUCUCACACUUCCAAAUAUUAUUUCAAAAGCACAGCAACAGCAACCUCAGCUGUUAAACACUAACACUUUGGUAAUACCAUCCAACGGACAGCCUGCAGGAACUGUAUUGACUCUGCAAGGAACUCCGAAUAGUGCUACUCUAAUAUGUGCCCCGGGAAGUAACCAGGCCUUUUUGCCCCCCCAAGCCUCUGCUCUGGUGCAGUUAGCUAGUGCUGAAGCUAAAGGCUUGCUUCAGCCAGGUGCCACCAUAACUCUGCAAGGUACUUUGCCACAAGGGCAGUCCAUCCAAAUUCCCACUGUCUCCAAUGUGGCCAUCAAGUCAGCAGCAUUACCUCUGGUUCAAGCUCCUGCUCAACCAAAACCUGUUCAUCAACCACAGCCCAUACUACUUGCUUCUGGACUGCAACCCAACGGGACAGCUCUUGCUACAACUGCUGUAAAGCCUGCAGUAACUACACAUGCAACAGCUUCAAAUCCACCUACCCUACAGGGUACAAUGUUAACUUCACAAUCUCUGCUGAGUCACCUAAUACCAACUGGUAACAGGGUGAAUGGCAUGCCAACAUAUACAUUUGCACCACUGCAGGUCACAUUGCCUGCAUCCCAAAGCACAUCCACACCUCUUCAGCCCAUCGAGCAAUCAAACAAUUCACAAGUAAAGAAAUGGAUUACCUGUCCCCACUGCAAUGAACUGUUCCCUUCGAAUGUUUUCGAUAUGCACACAGAGGUAGUGCAUCAUGUCAAAUCUACUCCAGACAAGUCCGAACAUCUGGUUGCUCGAGCACCCUUUCUGAAGAAAAUGGCAGAUAAAUCCAUGAAAUGUCUAACGUGCAAGAUUCUGGUCACUGAGACUACCAUCUUCCAGCAUCUGCUGCAUGGUUUGAAUUGUGUGUCUUGCCCAUCUGUGUUUUUCUCAAUCAAACAGCUAGCUGAACAUGUCAAGCAACAUAAUCCAACAAGCAAAACCUACAGUGAUUUCCUUAAGCUCAAUUGCAAAAUAUACAGUCAAAGUCCAGGGGUACUUUCAUUUCCGCACUUUGAUGUACAGACAACUGGACCAAAAGAAGUCCUUGGAGAUAAUGAGGUUCAUCUGGCCCUUAUCACAAGUACAAGCGAACACAUGUAUUUCAAAUUAAAACCGUGCAUCAAAUCCAGCCCCAGCACUGGGACUGUUAAAGUCAGCAGCACCUAUUGUCCCUUUUGUGAUGAAAAGUCUCCCAGUGAAGCUAAACACCUCCAGCAUCUCAAACAGAAACAUUUUGUAGCACCAACGAUUCAUGCCAUUCUUCAGACUGAGGCCUUCAAGUGCAUUUACUGCAACGGCGUGUACACGGGGAAGGUGACACAACAGGCUGUAAUGCUUCACAUUCAGCGCUGCCGUUGUUCCCCCAAGCAGCCACAGCUUUCCAAACCUGCACCAGAACUCUCCAGAACAACCGUGAGUAUAACAAGAGCUGCUCCUGGAAAAACUGCUCAACAGCUGACCAAAUCACCUGGGCUAUACUUCCUUCAAGUACCACAGGGGAUGACAAUUAAACAAGCUUUAGCACCUGCCAGUAAAAAUCCAGACGUGCAGCUUAAGACCCCAGAGGAGGUGCAGUCCCAAAAAAGAAUUGAGGCGGCUUUGAAGGCAGUGAUGGAGGCCAACAAACGAGAAAGGGAGGAGAGGGCUGCGAAGCGCCAAAAGCUGGAUCAUGAAAGAUCAGAUCGGCACAAGCUAAAGCUGGAACCACAUGUGCAGGAAAAGCCUUCUCCAGAACCUCAGAUCAACCCCGCUGUGAAGCUGGUCUUGGAACCUACACCAUUCGAGCGCCACAGUGAAGAGGAACGGCGACAGUUUUGUACCAAAUAUUUCAACUGUAACCCAUAUGCGACAAAAGCAGAGACUGAGGAGCUGUGCAAAAGGCUGUCCUUCUCAAAAUCAGAGCUGGCGGCCAUUUUUAGUUGCCGCCGUACCAAGUGUAUGAAGGCUUUAAAGAACAAUAGAGCAGCUAUACUCCUUGGCUUUAAUAUGGCUGAGCUGAACAAAAUCAAACACAACCUGGACAUUCCCGAACAGAAGCCCCCAGAAAUCUCUGACCAAACUGAACAGGACACUGAUGAGGACCUCAUGAAGGACCAGAAUGAGGAACAGACAAAGUCACCUGAGCAGCCCAAGUCACCUGAGCAGCCCAUGGAAACAGAACAACCGCUAUCAGAAGAGGAAAGAGAUUUAAAAAAAUAAAUGGCCUUUUAUGUCUGUUUGUUACUCAGUAAAGCAUAGAACUGUGCCACAUUUUACCUUUCAUAUAGAUAAUAGUAUAUUGCACAUAAUUCCGACUAUGGUGUUUUUAGUUUUUCCCACAUAAAUUCUUGAUUUCUUUUUUUUUCUGUCAACAUUGGAUAUCUAAGGGUACAGGGUACAACCUCACCCGACCAUGGAAUCUCAACUAAAGCACUGAUUCCUGCUGCUGCACUUUUUAAUUAAAUUAACUUGUAUUUGUGUUUCCUUUUUCAAAUCUAGGAUAGCAACAUCGUCUUAGUUUCUUUGAAUUUUUACCUUUACACCAUUAAUGUGCUUUGGAUUGGUAUUGCCACUUCCUCCUCUAACAUUGAAAAACAUUACAGGGGGUAUCUAGUCAGUGUGUUUGAAUACGAUGACUGUGCCAUGCUAAAGGCCAUAAGAAUGUAACAUUAUUAAAGCAGUUCAUGAGUGUCUGGUUACUGCAUUUCUCUGACCAUGUUGUUUGCAUGACAUUAUUAAGUCAAUUACUGUUAUAAAGAUGUUGUAAAGUGUGCAUUUUCAGUGUCUUAUCAAGAAGUACUAUAGAUAGAAAGUGUUUUAAAUUCCUGAGAUAUCUUAUUGUCCUCCCACAUGUUUUGUACUAUAUUUCUUACUCAAAUCUAUUUCAUAAAACAUUGCUAUGUUAAAACCUGGUUAAGGCAAAUGUGUAUGGUUAAAUAAAAUUGUUUUGUAAAAUGC